AUGCCCGCUUACUUUAUUUUUGUGGUGUUGGAGACUUAAAACCCUUUAAGAGAAAAACUUUAAUUUGAAACAGUUCAUUCAUAUGGUCAUGUUAGGGGUGAUCAAUUAAUAUAGGCCUAUUAGAUCAAUUCUAUACUUAUUAGGUUUUGGGAUUACAACGUUAGAGUUCAUAAUUUUAUAGUUUUCACUAGUUACAAAGAUUCCAGUGAUGAGAUAUAAAUAUUUGAAGGAUAUGCUAAUGGAAUGAUAUAAAUAAACUUUUCCGAUCGAUAAGUGUAAAAAAUUAGGAUUCAAUCUUUGGGUAAUUCAUUUAAUAAUGGUCCUAUAUCAAUCUUAAAAGUUUAGCCUUUUUAGAUCUGA